AUGCAUCCUUUAAAACAGGUUCAAGAUUCAGGCAUCUUUUUUGACAAUCUUUUCCCUAGCAACCACGGUAUUAAUCAUAAUAAUAAUACUCGUAACGAUGCUUCAUCGUCACAAGAUGGCUCUCAGAAUGGUGACGAGAGUAAUAGCAUUAAAAAGAGAAACAGAAUUUCUUUUGUCUGUAAAGCCUGUAGAAGGUCCAAGACUAAGUGCGAUAGAGAAAAGCCAAAAUGUGGCAGGUGUGUACAACAUGGUAUUGCCUGUGUCUACGAUGUGGAGAAACAAGCAGCACCAAGAAAUCCAAGUAAGGAUGCUACCAUCGCAAGAUUGGAGAGAGAUGUCGAAUAUUGGAGACAGAAGGCGGUGAAAUUAAUGCAAGACGAAGAAGAAAUGACAAAACGAAGUGAACGAAAUAUUGAUGGACGAGAUGAUGCAUCACCAAGGACACUGAAAAGAACUGUUUCUCAUAGUGGUGUUAGUAUUGGUAAUAGCGAUUUGCAUGAAACUCCCAUUUUAAAGGCAAGCCGACCUACUACUUCGACGACAUCAUCGAGAUCUUCUAAUUCAGUACCACUGUCAUCAUUUUCAUCACCAUUGCAUUCAUCCUCAGAUCACGUAAGGAUAAACCUCUAUAGAUCUCACCCAAGCAUGAUAAUGAACAGUGCAUCGAAACGCGAAGUUAAACCUUUAUCGGAAAACUACGUGAUUACUCAAGAUAUAUUCCUAUCAGGCCUAUUGACCUCUGCAUUCUUGGAUCGUUCGAAGAAUACGAUGUUACCUGCAUUGAGCGCUAACCUGUCGGUAUCUAAAGCUAAACCUUCAGUUGUGAAAAACAUCAUCAAGUUAAAAGACUUAUUGGCAAACCAAUGCCAUACACCAAUACAAUUGAAAAGGUUAAAUGACUUUACAGAUCGUAUAUUGAACGAAGUUAAUCCACAGAAAGUCUUACCUAUGAGUAAAAUGGGGAUAAUGUUACAAAAUUCCUUCGAAACCCACUAUUUAGAGGAUUUUUGCCCACCAGGGGGGGAAUAUUCAGGUACUUUAAACAGUUUUAUUGCUGAAUUAGAGGAAUUACUUCCGCCAUAUGUCAUAAUUCAAAGGUACAAAUCUCAUUUCUAUCGAAGUGUUUUCCCGAUCCUUCCCUUCCUGGAUGAGAAGAGUUUUGAAGAUUCUUUGCAAUCGACACUUUUCCCCCACGAGUUGGAUCCUGAUAAAUUGGUUCUUCGUUUGGGUAACGUUGGAUUGAGAGGUAAGAUGGAAAAUCUUUGCAUAUUACUAUUGGUUCUAAAACUAUCCUGUGUCUCUUUGCAAAUAACGGAUGAGGCUUCUCAAUCAUUAAAUCUACAACAAAGGGAAAAUUUAGAAAAAUACCCAAUCAGUAAUCAGUCUGUGAUUUUCGUUCAGAAAGUGUUGGCGGCUGAGAAGUUUUUUAGCCGCGCAAAUGAAAAUAUUAUUACUUGCCUUCUUUACAUCUGGGCCUUCUUUGUUUAUUCGCCAGAAGAAAGUGAUUUCUUUUUAGAGCAUCCAACAGAUCUUGUAAAUGGGCUAAUACUGACUCUGGCAAUGUCUAUUGGAUUGCAUCGUGAUCCUUCAGACUUCCCCCAACUUCGCGAUAGCCUUUGGAAUGGACCUUCAAUUAUGAAUCACAGACGUAUGCUUUGGGUCUCCACCGUUACAUCCAUAUGCUUAGAGACUAGUUUGAAAGGUAGAAAUCCAGUUUCUUCUAUUGAUUUAACACGUCUUUUCAUCGAUGUUAGAAAUCCCAACGCUUUACAAUUGUACAUGGAAAGGGUGCAGAACGAUAUUUCUUCACCUGUCGAUCCAUUAAUUUUAAGGCAUCAUGAAUUUGCAUUCAAGAGACUUUUGCUGGCUGUUUCAAUUCUCGACUUGGAUAAAUUAACGUUGACUUAUGGUACUUUUUCCCUGAGUGCUAUAGAGGAAGCAAGGGACAAGAUUGUUCGGCUUUUGGAUGAACAUUUCCCCAUGCCAAAUUUUGAUGGUUAUGCACCACAAGUUAAAAGAGAUUUUGAUACUUUUAUUUCAAACGGUUCAUUGCCCAUGCGAAUUAUUGGUUUUUUGAUGAUCCUUCGUUUGUCUUUGGCUCUCUUCUUACAUUUCGAAUCGAUGUUGCCACAGAAUCCAGAAUUGUUUCCCCAAUAUCGGAGGUAUUUCACCCUAGUAUGUCUAGAUAUGCUCACUUUAAUAAGUCAUCCAAGGAUUUUCUUUGUGAACUCCCACAGGUUUAAAUCACUGCCGAUGGGUAGCUAUAAUGCAACGAAAUACAUUCAACUGGGACUUUCGACUUCGUUUUUUGCAGUGUUGGUAAUACUUAUAAGAAUCGAUUUAGCCAGCAAUAUAUUUUUGGAGCAGUACCAAGAGGAUAUGUCCAAUGCCAAUAGUGAAUCGAUGAAGAUGAACAAUGAAAAAUUAGGAAUUAUAAGCUUGUUCAAAAAAUUGCUGGAAGACACUCUGGAAAAUAUUCACAGGACUGCCUCUAAUCAUCUAAGGUUUACUUAUUUUUCGGUUUUCAAAAUGUUAAUACUAUACGAUAUCAUUGUAAUAAGGAUGAAGAAAGGCGAACUUUGGAGUGGUGUAUUAAAAUUACAAGCCUUAGGUGAUUUCAAUACAGCUUUUCUAAGGCUCUUGAACUUGAAAUUUAGCGUCGAUCCCGAUGGUGAACAAAAUAUGGUGGAGAAACUGAAACAAAGGAAUUAUGUACAGAAAUUUUCUACAGCUGAAUUAAACUCAGUUUAUCAAAAGGUUAAAGCAAAAAACGAUGAAAUUCCACCAGUGUGUACACCAAGAGAUCAUGGACAAAGUUUAUCCCAGACGCAUUUAACAACAAUUUCCAAAAUGUACGAAGGAAACAGUGAUAUGGGACCACCUGAAAAGAUGUCACCAGUGGCAUCAAUGGGUCAGAAUUUGAAUUUUGGAGAUGUUCAAGGUUUAACUUCGAGAAUUAAAUUGGAAGAACAAGAAAAUAUAUCUCGAAGAAUGUCUGGUUUAUCGUCAAAUGAAGAGCGUCAUGCUGCAGCCACAGGUGAAUAUCCUGGUCUCUUUGGUGGACUUAAUUUAUUCGAUUACGACUUUCUCUUUGCUAACAAUCUUUAA